GUUCUGGUGUUAUUUCCUCAGGGAUUUUUGGUGUUAUUUCCUCGGGGAUUUUUGGGCUGUUUCCCCCCACAUUUUUGGCUGUUUCCCCCCCCAUUUUUGGGCUGUUUUCGGGCGGUUCCCGGCAGGUUUUGGUGUUAUUUCCUCGGGGAUUUUUGGGCUGUUUCCCCCGUUUUUGGGCUGUUUUCGGGCGGUUCCGGCAGGUUCUGGUGUCCCUGCAGGUGCGGAUGAUGCGCAAGCCGGGCCGGGCGGAGCGCACGGCCGUGGUGGUGGGCACGGUCACCGACGACGUUCGCAUCCAGGACGUGCCCAAGCUCAAGGUCUGCGCCCUGCGGGUGACGCGCGGCGCUCGCACGCGGAUCCUGCGGGCCGGGGGCUCCAUCCUCACCUUUGACCAGCUGGCCAUGGCCACCCCCAAGGGCAAGGGCACCGUGCUGCUCUCAGGUGGACGCAGACCCCUCCCCAAAUUCCCCAGACCCCAAAAAUCCCCGUGAAAUU